UGAUAUUUCGCUUUUUGGUAUCCGUGGUUGUGUCUGCUUAUGGGUUUUCGGUAGUGAUUGCUCUUUGCAACUGCUCAGGUUGCAUUCAUACCACUAUCGUUACUUUAAGAUUGUGGUAGGUAUCACGGUGUUCAGGUGCUGCAUGUCUUUGCUUCAAUUUGAUCUGUCAGUUUGCGGUUAUCGCAGUUUCAAGAAAGUGCUCGCCAGUUAAGCACGGUGGCGGAGAGUGGCGUUUCUUAAAUUUUUCACUAACAAAAUAUUCAGUGAAGAUUUAAAGUUGAUAUACUAAAAAAUUAUUCAAAGAAAAAAUAACAGUUUUGUCUCUGGUUUAAAAAUGUCUUUUAAAGUCUUUGCGGAUUUCAUGGAAAUCUGAUGCUAUCUUGUUUUGAAAUUUUAAAACAUCGAAGUUUCGGUUUGGAGUGUGACGAAUGAUAUAAAAAAAUUGACGGUCUUGGAAUGCGUUCCAAAAAUCUAAAAAAAUACAAUACUAUCCACUGGCUCCAACAAUACUAGAAUUUUUUCUUCGGAAUCAUAAUUCGAAAGUGAAUUUGUUAAAAUUUUAAUUUUUUUUCCAUAAAAGUCAAGUGCUUGCUUGUUUUGCGUGUGUUUUUCUCCUGCAUUUUUAUUGUCUAUUCAUUAGCAUUGAAAUACAGUGGUGAAUUGUCAAAAAUAGUAAAAUCUAAAAAAAAAAAAAGAUCGAAACAACGAAGCAAAGUAAGAUAUACGUAAAAGUACAGCAAAAGCAAAACAACAAGAGAGAAAUUGGUUUAUUAAGAAGUGAGACGAAGUAGAGCAGUACAAAAAAUCAUUCAAACAUGGGCUUGCUGAAUGGAAUACCUUGGCUCGUUGGAAUAUUACUUCUUCUAACAAUUAAUUCAGAUCUGAGCCAUGCACAACAGCGAACAGCACGUCUCACAAAUUCCCGAACUUUUGGAAUAAACGCUAAAUCAAACAAUGCCGGAUCAGAUUUCGAUUGUCCUGAAGAGUUCGGAUACUACCCUCACCCCACAGAUUGCACGCAGUACUAUGUAUGUGUCUUUGGUGGCGCGCUGCUGGAAAGCUGCACCGGUGGUUUAAUGUACAGUCAUGAACUGCAAACUUGUGAUUGGCCACGAAAUGUUGGAUGCGAAGUUGUUGAUGGAGCAUCACAACAACAAUCGCAAUCGAUUGCCCCAUCAUCACCUGGCCGUGAUGUCACACCACGCAUCAUUCCUCAAGUUAAGUCACAACCACAAAGACAGCAACCAACUCAACAACCCAUCCAACAGCAAAGCACACCUGGACCACAACGUAUUCGAUUCCAAUCACCAAUUACUACAGCCGUCCCGCAAAUUUUGCAACAAUCACAACAACAGCCGACUCAGCGUACAUUGUCACGCCAACAGCAGAUUCAGUCAAUUCCACAACCAGAAUUCCCAGCUCCUAAUCCAGUGAUUACGUCACGGGGUCAGCCCAAGGCAUUGCUCGAUUCGCAAGAAGAUAUUGCUAAGCUUUACGCUGAAGCCCACGACACCCUGCCUCCAGCAGAAGAAGAGGAGACUGACCGUCAACAGAGAGUCUAUCGUGGUCAACCGAGCACACUAGGACAAGUUCAACGUGAUCGCGAUGGCAUCAUUCACCAUUCCAACGUAAAUGCUCUACCAACUCACGGAAAAAUUGGAUCAUUCGCUUUCGGCUCACAAAUCAGUCAAUUCAGUACCACUCCACAACCAUCCAAUAUAUUUGUUCAACAACCGCAACAACAACGACCAAAAGCUGUAGCGGAACCGCAAAAUACUCGUAACACAUAUUAUAACACAUCAAAUCAAGCUUAUGAUCCAGCUACGUACGAUUCAUUCUAUUCGGUAUACGAUGAUGAUGUUGAAUUAUAUAGGGACAUUGAAUACAACAAUCAACAACACCAGCAACAAGCUCCUCAGCCCCAGUACACCCCUAGCCAACGUGGUCGUCCACAGCCAACUGUACAGUCCACAUAUCGGCCUGAAGUGAUUACAACGCCAUCUCCCCAAGUGCCUGUCCGAGAGACUUAUGUUAGCAAACAGCAACCUACUGUCAACUCGCAGGACACCAGCUACGAUCAACCCUCACUGGCUUACAAUUCCGAAUACGAUGAUGCACUGAUUUCACAGAUUGAUGACCAAGUCUUUAAUCAACCUGCCAGAAAUCCACCAGUACGAUCGACACGAAACCAAGAAGAUGGUCAAGCGAGCAAUAAUACAGCCGAAUCAGAAUCAAUCAUAAUAUCACUAUCUGCAGCCGCUAGUCCACGAAACCGGCAGCCCGUUGAAGCAGUUCACUCGACAUCGACCACAAAGACAACGACCACAACCCUAACGAGUACUUCAACAAGCACAAGUGGCAAAAUAAUCGAAUCAUAUCAUAUUGGAGACACUAGUUCCUCCCUUGUUGAAAUUCCUUCCCGAACUCGUAAUGUUCAAAUCCUUAACGAGUCCCCUUUCACUGACGCAGCCCAUGUACAAUCGACUGAUUCACGUACUGAUGACUCCCUGACCCUGAACAAAACUGACGAUGACUCUCGAAUUUCACUAUCACUUUCAUCUGGGUUUAGUACCGCGGCACCGCAAUUGUCAUUUGAAAGUUCAACCCCUAGAAGCAACUCAGUUAGAACUAGCCUCUUAGGUUUCCAAAUAGGUGGUGAAGAGCCACAAGGUUUCAAGCUUCCGCCCUCAACCACAGCGAGAAUUUCCCCAGCCAUUGUUAUCCCAGAAGAAAAACUAGAAAAUGAAGGACAUUUCAAAUUCACUUUGUCUUCAGGAGUCGGAUUGAAUAGUGGAGUAGCUCCCUUCACUCAAGGCACUGUUGAGGAAACACCAAUCCCAAUCUAUUCACGGUCAAAAGAUGAAAACUUGAAGCGUGAGACGACCCGAAUCAUAAUUGAUCCGACAACAUAUGCUCCAACUCGUAGCUGGCGACUAAGCAGAACAAGUCCUUCUCCUUUUGCAAACCACGAUAGCAACUAUCUAACUGAAGCUGUAGAUAAUAAGGAAGCCGAUUCAAUUUAUUCGUACAGAAAAGCAAAUAUCAAUGACUUGGUAAGUGCUAAGGAUGACAAAGAUUUGAGUCAAGCUGGCGAUGUAGACCGAUUCCAAGGCUUUACAACAAGGGCGUUGAUUUUCAAGGAUAACUUGAGUAGGAACAGCGAAGCUUCUGGCGCAUCCAGAUUUGUAUCUCCUUUUAAAAGCCUCGAAACAAUCCUAGCUGAAGAAGAAGAAGAAAUUCUCCGAGGUAACUCUGGCAAAUCAAAUCCAAAUUCGUAUUCGACAUCCAGCGAACCUGAACCAACAACUACCCAGAAGCCUUUUAGAAGUUAUUUCAUAAUAACGCAGCCUCCUAAGCCAUCAACAUCUAGUAGUACAACAACCACUACUACACCAGAACCAACAACUACAAAAGCCAGCACUACUAGCACAACUACUGAACGGGUAACUACAACCCCCUCCACCACAACAACAACAACUACAGAACCAAGCAGUGUAGUUCCUGAAGCACGAGUAACAAGUACCACGCUUGGGUUCCGACCAACAAGACGUCCUGAUAAAUCAGGUUCUGUUUCAACCUACAGAGGACGUUCUCGAUAUACGUUCAAUUAUAAUGAAAAUUACUUGGAUGGUGAUGAGCCGACUACUUACUCUCCAAAACACCGAUUUUCAACACCUGGUUAUGUCCAAACUACUCCACAACCACGAAGACCAUCCAGAACUCGGCCUGCAAGCAAUCUCCGUGGUUUUGCAAGCAGAACUAGUGCAAUAGAAGGACGAUCACGUUUUGAAUUUUCUGCUUUGCAUCAUGAUGAGCCAGAACAUGUUGCACAAGCAUCAUAUGUGUCUAACACAGAGCUAAAUAGUCCAGUAACUAUUUCAACAGGAAAGAAACCGGAAGUGGUUGAAGUCACUGAAAAACCAUCCCAAUAUUUCAGUAAUUACCGUCACUUGUCAACAGAAAAACUCCUAGCGGAAUUCAUUCAACAAGUUAAGGAGCCAGUAUUUGAGCAAUCCCCCAGCGAGGAGAUCCAGGAACGGAAGAAAUUCAGAGCAACUGUCGAAAUGCCAGAAUUUAACAUCCCCACCGAGAGAGAAAUUAAACUUGCCAUUGAAGCGCAAGAGGCCGAGGAACCAUUAGAACAGCAAGAAGAUGACGAUGCAUACCAAGUUCCUGAGAAAUUUGAGGACCCGCCUUUGGAAUAUUACUACGAAUUGGAAACUGAAAUGCCGCUUACGACACAAAGGCCUACUGCUUUCACUACAACUACUUACAGAACAGUACCGACGACCACGACCUCAACAACAACGACAACAACUACACCAAGUCCGCCAACAACUACAACAACAACCACUACAACAACAACCACCCCAUUACCAAGUACCUCUGAAGUUUUCUUAGCCCCUACUACCCCCUCUUAUGUUGAACUAGAAGAUUCAACUACCUCGACAACCACGACGACUACAACGACCCCUAGACCAACUACAACUCGUAAGAGUACAACAUCCGGUUUCCUACUACCACCACGUGCCUCAAGAGUGAAUAAUGCCAUCAAAUCAUCGAUUGCCGCGUCAAGUCGAAAAAAGGCGUCGUCAGCAGCGUUUGCCAAAUGUGCCGAUAAUACGUCAAAUGCCAAAUGCAACGAGAUUCCUUCGAGAACAAGGAACCGCGGUGGAGUCCAUUACACUGGAUCGAACACUCAAAGUGGAUUGAACACCCAAACUAACGAAAGAGAACCAUCUUCUGCUCCAGCAACAGUUAACCGAGGAACCCAUCCACCACGAUCGCGCCCAACACUAAAAUCGAAAGGAACCAUUGUAUCCAAGGCUGCCGAAUUCGUUGAUAUCUACAAGAACCCACCAUCACGUCCUGAACCACUUUAUCCUCAACCAACUCCAGACAAGACUGCAGCUAAAUGCCGAAAGGAUGUUUGCUUAUUGCCCGAUUGCUCGUGCGGUGGAAAGGAUAUUCCCGGCGAACUACCAGUUGAGAGUCUUCCACAAAUUGUUCUGCUGACAUUCGACGAUUCUGUGAAUGAUUUGAAUAAACAAUUGUACUCAGAUCUUUUUGAGAAAGGUCGUGUCAAUCCAAAUGGUUGUCCAAUUACCGCAACAUUCUAUGUAUCUCACGAGUGGACGGAUUAUAGUCAGGUGCAAAAUCUUUAUGCAGAGGGUCACGAGAUGGCUUCACAUACUGUUUCACACAGUUUCGGCGAACAAUUCUCUCAAAAGAAAUGGACCCGGGAGAUUGCUGGACAACGAGAGAUCCUUUCAGCCUAUGGUGGUGUUAAAUUGUCUGACGUGCGUGGCAUGAGAGCUCCAUUCUUGUCUAUUGGUGGUAACAAGAUGUUCAAGAUGUUGUACGAUUCGAACUUCACCUAUGACUCGUCGAUGCCUGUCUAUGAAAAUCGUCCCCCAAGUUGGCCUUACACUUUGGACUACAAAAUCUUCCAUGAUUGCAUGAUUCCUCCGUGUCCGACAAAGAGCUACCCCGGUGUCUGGGAAGUUCCUAUGGUCAUGUGGCAAGAUUUGAACGGUGGACGUUGCUCUAUGGGUGAUGCUUGUGCUAAUCCUCCAGAUGCAGAAAAUGUUACAAAGAUGUUAAUGAAGAACUUCGAUAGGCACUACUCAACGAACAGAGCUCCAUUCGGUCUAUUCUACCACGCGGCCUGGUUCACACAGCCCCACCACAAAGAAGGUUUCAUCAAGUUCUUGGACACUAUCAACGCAAUGGAUGAUGUCUGGAUUGUAACAAACUGGCAGAUGCUUCAAUGGGUUCGUGACCCCACCCCACUCUCAAGAAUCAAGCAGUUCCAACCCUUCCAAUGUGACUACUCGGAUCGACCAAAACGUUGCAACAAUCCAAAAGUAUGCAACUUGUGGCACAAAUCCGGUGUAAGAUACAUGCGAACAUGUCAACCAUGCCCCGAUAUCUAUCCAUGGACCGGAAAAACUGGCAUCAGAUCGUCGCGUAUAGAUAACGAUAUUGAAGAUUAAACAUUUUUAAAUGUCUGUUAAAAAUUUAUAUCUUAAAUUAUUGAUAAUUUAUAAUGUAUUACCGUUACUUUAAAAACAUCCCAGAAAAGUUACAAAAAACAAAAAAGUUAAAUUUUUGGAUUAGAAACGAGAAAAAUGUGAGAGUCAUGUAAAUUUUAGAUUGAGAAAUGUUUGGAACAAAAUGAAUCAACAAAAAGAAAAAAAGAUUGAUAUAAAACGUAGAGAAAUUUGUCUCGGUAAAUGGACUGAAUGCGCGAUAAAACGAUCCGAUUCCUAUGAAAAGAAUGAAAGAAUUACGAGAACUCAAUACAUUCAAAUUGGGGUUGGGGAAGACCUUAUAUCUCCACCUUUUACCCCAAGCUAUCUUCAAAACUGAUUGAAUAGAAAUUAUUUAUUCAGCGGAUUCUUUUUGUAUAUUUUCAUAUAUCUAGAUUAAGUCAUAGGAUUAGAACUGUAUAAAACGUCUUACGAUUAAAGUGUUAGAUUUAAGAUUUUUAUAAUUUGUGAUAGUGCGUGCGCAAUUUUAUUAUUACUUUCUCCAAUUUUUCACACAUAACCCUCAAAGUCCUUAAACAUUGGACGCUGAAAAUUUCAAAAAUUCACCUACUUUCAAUCUUUAUCUACAAAUGUACACAUACGACUACUUUCAAAUUAAAAAUUCAUGUUAUUAAGGUGUUCGAAUCAUCGUUGAGUUUAAAUCAAACCAUCCCCAAACUUUCAAUCUUCCAUUUCCAUUCAAAAAGAUACAAGCAUUCGAAAACAUUUAGACCCAAAUAUCUGGAAAAUGAUGAUUUUCAUACCUUUUUAACUGACCUCCCAAUUAGAUUAAACACAUGAAAAUUUGCUGUCGCAACUUAGAUUAUUAGUAGAGAUACGUUGAAACACUGUGAGAGACAACGAAUGUGUAGGGUGACAAGUUAUCAAAACCUAAUUGAAACAAUCUUAAGAUUAUACUAAACAUAAAUUUACACUGCCUUCACUGGUGUAAUAUUUAUUCGAAAUAUUUGUAGGAUUUGUAAAGGAUUUUGCAGAAGUUAACUACCUUCUUGUGGCUUUGUUACUCAAAUUUUUUCUACAAGUAGAAUAGAUGUGAAAGCACAAAUACUAGUUUUACUGUACAAUAUCGAUUUAAGGAAAUUAUCUCCACAUAUUCAUCUUUUUAGUUUUGUUUGACACAUUUUAUUUUGAUUUUUGUAUAUUUCAAUCAGACUUUUGUACAAUUUUUUUAUUCAUUUAUCUAAUCAUUUUCUAAAUAUCUCUAAGAAUUCCUCUUGUUCAGUAUAUUCCGCAUUCCCGAACUGGGGUUUGACUUGAAAGGAGGGAAAAAUCCUUAGAUUUUUUUCCGAAGAUAUGAAAGACCAUAAAAUGUCGUGGCAUUAUGGUUUAUCUAUAAAUUCUAAUUGGCAGUAAACAUCAAAUACCAAGAGGAUAGCAAGUAUUGAGUUCCAAGCAUGCGUUCUUUUCAUAAAGUAUACGUACACAAUUUGUAUGCUGUAAAUUAUGAGAAAAAUAAAAAUAAUUUAAUAAU